UCGCUGACCCGCGGAGGGCGGGUGGUGGGGUGGGGGGGGGGGGGAGAGAUUGUAUCGUGUUUACGUGUGAUCGAGCGGCCGGCGGUCAGCGGGGGCGGGAGACGCAGCGGGUCGAGAGAGGGACGGCUGAGCGGAGCGGAGCGGAGCUGAGCGGAGGGCUCUCCGAGCGCCAUGGCUGACUACUGGAAGUCCCAACCAAAGAAAUUCUGUGAUUACUGCAAAUGCUGGAUAGCGGAUAACAAACCUAGUGUUGAGUUUCAUGAAAGAGGAAAGAACCACAAAGAAAAUGUGACGAGGAGAAUUGACGAGAUUAAGAAGAAAAGCAUGGAAAAAGCAAAGGAGGAAGAAAGAGCGUCAAAGGAAUUUGCUGCAAUGGAAGCUGCAGCAAUGAAAGCUUAUCAGGAAGAUCUGAAGCAACUUGGAGAAAGUGUUUCAUCUACUUCAUCUUCCAGUACAAUUGAGAGCCAGCAGACGGAAAAGAACUUGGAAGCAAAACGUGGUAUGAAGAAGAAAAGAGCAAAUGAUUGGGUGGAGGGAGUCUCACCUGAAGGAUAUAGCUAUUACUACAACAAUAUAACUGGAGAAUCACAAUGGGAAAAGCCUGAAGGCUUCCAAGGGAGCUCAAACUUUGUGCAGAGUGAAGUUGCACAACAGGACCUAACGGCCUCUCCAUGGGUGGAAGGAGUUAGUCCCGAGGGCAGAACCUAUUAUUACAAUGUCAUGACAAGAGAAUCAAGAUGGGAAAAGCCAGAUGACUUCAUCUCAACCACUGAAAGUACAGGUGCAUCUGGUGAGAAUGCGACGAAAUCUGAGGAGGCACUGACAAAAUCAGAAUCCGAGGUACCUCCAGCCACGGAAAGAGCUCAGGCAAAGGGAGAUGAAGAACCCUCUGCAGACACAGAGGAUACAGAAACACUCCAGAACUCAAACGUUGUCCGUUCUGAAAACGAUGAUGCAGGAGAUAGCAGUGACUCAAAAACUACUGAAGAAUCUGAAGUAGAAAGCGAUCCAAUAGAAGAUCAAUCUCAGCCAGAAACAGAAAAAUUCAAGAAAGUAAAUCCAUAUGGUGAAUGGGAAACCGUAAAAGAGCAAGAAUCUGAGCAGAUAGACUUGCAGUUACCAACUGUGGAGCACUGUUACCCAGCAGCACCUGUAAUUGAAGUGAAAGCUGAACCCAAAAUAAAGUUUAAAGAAAAAGCAAUAACCUCUGGAGAUGAUGCUGGAGGAACACCAAUAUUCAAAAAGAGGAAACUUGAAAGUGCCAAAUCCAGAAAUCUAAGACAGAAAGAGAAUGACGACUAAAAGUAUAGAUUUGUACUUAAAGGAAAUGUGUUCAGAAAUGUGUUACACUAUAUAAUGUUUUGAUUUGUUACAAUCGACCUUGAUUUUCAGCUCAUUGUGGAAGUAAAUUAGCCUUAUUUGUUGUAAAAUGCUGCAAUGUUUCUCUUCUAAAUAAAAUGUACCUUUUUUAAAAAAAAAUUGCACUGUUUUGCACAGAUUAGAAAUGUACGUUUUUUUGGUGAAACCUGUAGAUCCUUAAAGCAAAGCAUCUUAGGUGUGGCUUUUAUUAAGCUUGGUUUUUUACUUUGUUUUGCUAUAAUUAUCUGUGGUGUUCAGACAUGCGCAAUUUGUUUUAUUAAAAGGCACUAGUUUUUUUAUGUAUUACACUAUGUUUAGGAGUUAAUGUGUGCCAUUACAACUCCAUAAUGUUUCUUGUGUUUUAUAAGUAGUUUUAAAUACUAGCAUUAGUAUUUAAACACCUAUGCAGAAUGUUCUUCCAAAAUGCUAUUUCAAAUAUUCUUUGCACAAAAACUUCUGUUUACAUCAUAGCAGCUUCUAUCAAAAAUAAAUCUUUCAAAAUGUG